AUACGUUUAUUUGACUCUAGUAAAAUCUCCUCUUCCUGCAUGUACCCAUAUUCAUGCAAGCAAAUGUUAGCAAACUGCCCCAAUAGCAUUUUAAUUAGUGCACAUCUUUCUCUCUUUGCCACAUUAAAAUCUUUUCCCAUUUUGUACUGCUAAUAUUUCUAUUAUGAAAAAAGACAUAAGUAAAUAUAUAGAAAUACUUAUAUACAUGUACACGCAAGAAUGAAAGAGAGAAACGUAAACACUAAGGGAGAUAGGGCUGGAAUUUUUCUUCAAUGUGUACAAUCCAAUAUACUUUCAGUUUUCAUUUCAACCUUCCUCAGUAGUUUCUGCCCAGCAACUGAUGAGAAACAUCACCUCUAAGCCAAUCAAAAAACUAAUUCUUCCAAAAAGAGAUGAUUAUUCCUCACAAUGACCAGACAGCCUCUGCUUUCCUUUUGUUUUCUUCCAAGUGGAGAUUCAACCAUAAUAGAAAGAAUGGAGAACUAUUAACCACCUUUCUUCGGUGGGUUGUGAUUUUCAGAGAGGAAUGUUGAGAGGUGGUUUUCAAUGUUGGGACUCAAACGUAAAGACACUAAAGGACAGAAAUCUUUGGCAGAGGUAAGAUCUUCUUCGGUCACCAUACUUGAGUUAACUGUAGGGAAGUGGAGGUUUCCAUCUGGAAUUCUAUAGCUUCUUCCAGGUCAUAGAGUCUACCCCCCACCUUCUGGUGUCUCCAGAUAUGAAGCAUGAAUGAAAAUGGGAAAUUUCCUGGCCUUCCUUCUUCUCAACUUUCAUGUCUGCGUCCUUUUGCUUCAGCUGCUCAUGCCUCACUCAGCUCAGUUUGCUGUGGUUGGACCGCCUGGGCCCAUCCUGGCCAUGGUAGGUGAAGAUGCUGAUCUGCCCUGUCACCUAUUCCCAACCAUGAGCGCAGAGACCAUGGAGCUGAGGUGGGUGAGUUCCAACCUAAGGCAGGUGGUGAACGUGUAUGUAGAUGGAAAGGAAGUGGAAGACAGGCAGAGUGCAGCGUAUCGAGGGAGAACUUCGAUUCUACGGGAUGGCAUCACUGCAGGGAAGGCUGCUCUCCGAAUACACAACGUCACAGCCUCUGACAGUGGAAAGUACUUGUGUUAUUUCCAAGAUGGCGACUUCUAUGAAAAAGCUCUGGUGGAGCUGAAGGUUGCAGGACCACACUUUUGUAAGCAGCUCUGAAAUGAAAUUCUUCUUGAAUUAUGGAAUGUGAGCGUGCCUUAUUCCUUUUGAGACCCUCUCUGAUACAGGAGCUCUCAAGAAUUUAGGCUGAUUCAUCCU